AUGUCACUCGCAGAGAACAGAACAUCAAUUUCUUCAGAGCUCACAAGUCAUAUAAAGAGGAGAAAGGGUGUGCAACAAUGGACUGAGGUUUCCCCUCAAGGUGGCUUUCAAGAGAGCACUGAGUUGUCACCUCUCCUCCUCUCCCUUGUACAUCAAGAACAAGCUCCUGGUGAACCGCUCCAUUGGUCGUUGUUCGUCGCCCGCGAAGGCCAGACUACUUGGGAUAGCCCGGUUGACAUCACCACCUUGACAUCAUUCUUCAACUUGUACAACAUAGCAAUUGUGACUGAACUGCAAGCUGGGAUUGUGAAACAGGUUGCAGGACAAAAAUCCCCACCUCAAGCACCAAGUUGGCAAGCUGUCACAGAGAAUUGCCAAGGAUGGGCUGUGUGUGUGAUUGCUAAGCUCAUCAUCAAAAGAGGCAUCAUUGAGAACUUUGAAGCUUGAAAUGACAUGGUUGAUGUUACAACAAGGCUGAUAGUGAAGCUUCUAAAGUGGCUAUUAAUAUAUGCUAUUCAGGCCAUGAUGAGAUAGAUGAAAUUUGAGGUGUUCAGAAAAGAAGUUAAAUAUCUCAAGUUCAAUCUGAGUCUGUUCUGAGCCAUCUCUGUAUGUAAACAUUGCACUGUGUCUAAGCUUAUCUGUUCUAUGUUGUUUGGCUUUUGUUCAUACACAGUCUGCUAGAUCUGAUUUAAUAGUUAUUUAUUUUCAUUCUCUACUAGUAUUCAGAACCUCACCUGAUUUUCUCAGGUUCAUCUUUGUAUAAUUGCUUGCUCUCUUUGUGUGAAGAUGUAAUGUUAAGUAAAGCUUGAUUGAUUUGAAAAGUA